AAAGAGUCAAAUCUCAACUUGAAAUUCUCUUUUCCUAUUAUUUAUAUGUAGAAGAGAUUUUUACGUAAGUUACAUAUCUUUAUGAGCGCUGGUAGUCAUCUAGAAGGAUGGAUUCUCUAUUGCUCAAACAAUUAUUAGGUUUGAGUUAUGACUGAUUGUAUAGUAAAGAUGUAUUUGUGUUAAUGGGCGGCAUGAGAAGAUGUUAUUAUAACCGGACAAGGUGUUUUUGAAACAAGAAGAAUUGUAAAGGGGUUGUAGAUUAAGUGAGAGUAACAAGAACAGAGAGUGUGUUUAGUGGUAGGAAAUGGCAUAAUGAAGAGAGUGAUGCGGUGAUUUGGGUGUAGUGGACAAGUAGUUUGUUGGUUGGUUGGUUUGUUUGAUUGGUUUGGUGAUAUGUUGCAGAGUUAGAAGGGGUAAGGGAUGUUGGUUUAAAAUGAAAUGGAAAUGAAUGAGUUGGUUUGGUCGGUUUUGUGGGAAACUUCUGAGCGAUCCCUAUUCUCCAGCUCCCUCUGAAUGACCGCUUUUGCCGCUCACCCGGUCGUGUAAUGCAAUCCUAUAUUUAGUUUUGGUUAAUUUGCAGGAUGGGAAGGGUUAAGCUUAAAAUAAAGAAGCUGGAGAAUACAAAUGGCCGCCAAGCGACCUAUGCCAAAAGGAAACAUGGCAUCAUGAAGAAAGCUAAUGAGUUAUCAAUUCUGUGUGACAUUGACAUAAUCCUUCUCAUGUUCUCGCCCACUGGCAAGCCUUCAUUAUGCAAUGGAAAGCGGAGUAGCAUUGAAGAGGUCAUGGCAAAAUUUGCUCAGCUAACUCCACAGGAAAGGGCAAAACGGAAGCUGGAAAGUCUUGAAGCUCUGAGAAAGACUUUUAAGAAGUUGGACCAUGAUGUAAAUAUACAAGAAUUUUUGGGCACAAGUUCUCAAACAAUAGAGGACCUGACGAAUCAAACAAAGUUAUUGCAAACUCAAAUUUCUGAAAUACAUAGGCGUCUGAGCUAUUGGACUAACCUGGAGAAGAUCAACAACAUAGAACAUUUGGGUCAAAUGGAAAAUUCAAUCAGGGAAUCACUUAACCAAAUCCGUUUGCAUAAGGAAAAUUUAGGAAAGCAGCAGCUUUUGUCAUUAGAAUGCACUGGUCAGUUCCAAAAUGCAUUGCAUUUGCCCUUCAGACUGGGUUCUGAGCAACAGCUCCAACCCCUUUCCUGGAUUCCAAAUAAUGACAAUAGACAUAUGGUUUUACCAGAGGAUCCAAAUUUGUUUUCACAUAGGGAUGUGGAAUGUUCUGCAAGUUCCUCUUUUGGGAGUUAUUCUGGUUACUUUGGUACAAACAAAAGUUCAGAGAUUUCUAAUUCUGGGCAGGAAAGUAGCCUGCUUAGUGAGUUAAGUGGAACUGCAUCACUGAGGCUGCAACUGGGGGGACAAUGCUCCUACCUACCAUAUAAUGUCAAUUUGUUGAAUGAUAAAUUCCAACCAGUAGGAGAGAUGAGCAUACAAGAAAACCCUGUGGAUUAUCAUGUCAGUGGAAGCUUGGAAGCUCCUAGAACUGGGUAUGACACACAUGGUAGUUGGGCUUCCACAUCUGGGCCUUGUGAAGUUAGCCUGUUUGAUGGGCGCUUGUAUUCUCAGCAACUCAACUGAGAUUGAAAGAGUUUUACAAGUCAAUCAUCGAUGAAGUUGAUGGAGCACAUAGUUUGCCUAAAACUCUCAAGCACCAAAGUAGGCUUGCUGAUUUUGAAAUGGUCUCCUUUAGCUGUUCAAAAGCAUGAAUCAGCCAGUGAAAUAUGUAUAGCAUGACAAGUGACCUGUUGGCUACUUGCUCGAUUUAAUGGUGCCAGCAUAGUUGAAUGAGGCACCACAUUUGUGAUAUUAUAUCAUACGUAUACAACAGUAGGUUUUUGGGAGCUAUUUUUUUGCACCCUCCUUUUUCGGUGAUGAGUUACUAAGCUGUAAAUUAUUUUGCAUAUAAUAUAUAAUCAAUAUUUGUAACCCAAAACAUCAUCUAUAAUAUGAAGUUUCUUUCCCAACAGAA